AUGAAUGAGGUCCCGCUUAGCCACAUCCCGAACAUGUGCUUCGCCAAGGUCGGCACGCACGCGAAGAUCAACAUCAUGUUCCCGGCGUUGUAUGCUUCUGGGGAGUCCCGCAAAAUUCCAGAAGACCUCCUCACAAUGUUCUACGAGAGGGUCUUCCGCCCCAGUCUGGUGGCAAUCAACUUCCCGCAUAUCGGGCAUUGGCCCCCGAGCUCCGCAGCCGCGUGGGCACUUUUACGCGGGGUGGACGGAACCCUGCAGUUCAAAACCAUCUCCAUCCCGAGUAGGUCACUCCGCGAGCUGGCCACUGAAGUGUGUCGCCGCAUGGACGAAAUCCGCGAGUUCAAGGAUGCGUUCUGGUACCACGAGGUGCGCGGAACCAAGGGCGGUACUCUCCAUAACCCCCACGACGAUCGCCAGGCUGCAGACGCCCUGCACCUGGCAUUCAAGGAUCUGGACUUUACGAAGAUCAGCAACGACGAUCUCGCGCAGCGCUGGUUCGUCGACGUCGGCAUCGAGGUCCGCCACCCGGGGCACGUGGUGCACUGGCGCAGCGACACCCACAUGGAGGUUCUCCAGCACGCGAUGCCGUCAGCCAUGCCGGCCGCCGUCGAGUCUUUCAAACGCGGUAGCAACUUCACGCUGGAUCCCUGCGCCCAGAUAAGCGACAUCGCCGGCUUCCGUGCAGUGACCAAAACCAUUGGCCUCGGGGACGGUGUCAGGUACAUCAACGUAUACAGCACGGAGAAGGAGCUGCACUACCAGAUCCUCAAGGGUACGUACAAGGAGAUAGAGCCUGCCGACUUCUUUCCGUCCAAGCUCGCGCGCACGAUGACGCGGAUAAACGUCUGGACGAAAGCCCUGUCAGAUGCGGCCGAGAAGACGCAGGAGGCGUCCGCGCGGUACGAGGUGCGAGUCCCCGCAAACGCCUGUGGGGGCGUCUUGCGAGAGAUUCCAUACGAUAUGCUGGGGAGAGUGUGCGUGAGCGUACGAGCAAAGACGUGGUGGUAA